AUGGCAGCUCUUGAACUUACACCUCGAGACGUCAGCGCGACUGCAAACGGAUGUCACACAGCUGGCUCGGAAGCGUCUCCUCCCGUCCCAGAAAGGCGGGGGCACAGCGGCCUCCACGAAACCUGGGGCGCCGGCAGUGAGGAGCGCGAGCCGCGCCGCGCACCUUCGCCAGCCGUCCCCGAGCCGCGCGCGGGCCCCGGUGAGCCCCGGCGCGCCGGCGUUCCGGCGCGGAGCGCGCAGCCGCAGCUGGCUCCACCCCCUCCUGGGGGCCACUGCUCGCUCUCGAGCCGCGGAGCCAAGUCGCGGGCGCGCGCGCCGCCGGCGGAGCCGCAGUUAAAAUGGUCCGCACGGGACCCGGCGCUGCCCCCGCCACCACAGACUGACCGAGCCGCUGGGCCCGGAUUGAGUCUCUCAGCCGGCAGGCUCGCCCUCGCCCCCCCAAAGCUCGCCCCCGUCAUUCUCCCGGCUUCCCUGGGCAAAGCAUGUAGCCCCGUGGGGCGCCAGCUGCUGACGCCCACCUCCCAGCGUCGCGUGUGUCCGUGUCCGUGUGUGUGCUGGGCGGGCGACCUGCCGCGGGUCGGAGGCCCAGCCAGCCAGCGGCCUGCCCUGCUACCGGGAGCCCGCCGUUCGGGUCUCCCUGCCACCCGGUCCCCGAGCCCGUCCCCGGGGCCUUCUAUAUGGGCCACCUUCUCUCCAAGGAGCCGCGUAACCGCCCGAGCCAGAAGAAGCCUCGCUGUUGCAGCUGGUGGCACUACAGAAGCCGUCGGGGACGCUGUCCGAGCGUGGGGCGCCGCCCCCUUGCCCGCCCAGCAGCAGCAGGAGUGUGGCGACGUGGACUGUCAGGAGCCCUCCGAAGUCCCCUGCAACUGUUUCAGGGAGCCACCCCCCGAAAGUCCAGACAUCAACCAGCUGCCGCCGUCCAUCCUGCUCAAGAUAUUUUCCAAUUUGUCCCUGGAUGAGCGUUGCCUUUCUGCAUCAUUGGUUUGCAAGUAUUGGCGUGAUCUUUGUUUAGAUUUCCAGUUUUGGAAGCAGCUGGACCUUAGUAGCCGUCAGCAGGUCACUGAUGAAUUAUUGGAAAAAAUUGCAUCAAGAAGUCAGAAUAUCAUUGAAAUCAACAUUUCUGAUUGUCGCAGUAUGUCCGAUACUGGCGUGUGUGUGUUAGCAUUCAAGUGUCCUGGACUUCUUAGGUAUACAGCCUACAGGUGUAAACAGCUUUCGGACACCUCUAUUAUUGCGGUUGCCUCUCAUUGUCCUUUACUUCAGAAAGUGCAUGUAGGCAACCAGGACAAACUGACUGAUGAAGGACUCAAGCAGCUGGGCUCAAAAUGCAGAGAACUCCAAGACAUUCAUUUUGGCCAGUGUUACCAGAUCUCAGAUGAAGGCAUGGUCGUCAUCGCUAAGGGCUGUCUGAAACUACAAAGAAUAUACAUGCAGGAAAACAAAUUAGUGACAGAUCAGUCCGUGAAAGCAUUUGCUGAGCAUUGUCCUGAACUUCAGUAUGUUGGCUUCAUGGGCUGUUCAGUUACUUCUAAAGGAGUCAUCCACCUAACCAAGCUAAGAAACCUUUCCAGCUUGGACCUACGUCAUAUCACUGAACUGGAUAAUGAAACUGUGAUGGAAAUUGUCAAGAGGUGCAAAAAUCUUAGCUCUCUCAAUCUCUGUCUGAACUGGAUCAUAAAUGACAGAUGUGUGGAGGUCAUUGCAAAAGAAGGACAAAACCUGAAAGAGCUGUAUUUGGUGUCCUGUAAAAUCACAGAUUAUGCGCUGAUCGCCAUUGGGCGGCACAGCAUGACCAUCGAGACCGUGGAUGUGGGAUGGUGCAAAGAAAUAACCGACCAAGGAGCCACCCUGAUCGCCCAGAGCAGCAAGUCUCUGAGAUAUUUGGGGCUGAUGAGAUGCGAUAAAGUCAACGAAGUGACGGUGGAGCAAUUGGUGCAGCAGUACCCCCACAUCACCUUCAGCACCGUCCUGCAGGACUGCAAGAGGACCUUGGAGAGGGCCUACCAGAUGGGCUGGACCCCCAACAUGUCUGCUGCCUCCUCCUAAUGCUCCUGCCCUCCCGUGGGCUGGAUGGAUGGAGAGAUUAGGGUGGAGGAUCUCUUGGAAAGGUUUUAACUGUCACCUGUGUGUGUACGCGAGUACAUAUAUAUACAUAUAUAUAUUUGUGUCUCAUUCGCCUGCUGCAUAGCAUAAGCUCAAGUGUUACUUGUUCCCAGUUGAGCUGGUUUGAUUUCCCCGCGUACUCCCCUUCCUCACCCACCAAAAAACAGCAACAAGUAAAGUGUUUGAAAGCCACACAACUUCUUGAUUUUAAGUUUGAAGGCUUAUUCUCUACAAAACAAAAAAUUACACGUAGAGUUCCAAAACUGGGUGUGUUUAUUUCAAGCUUCUGGUUGCUAUGACCAGAAACCCACCAAAAGAAUGCAGGCUUCUUUUUUGGGGUGAAUGAAUUAUGGACUUCCACAGGUUAUAACCCGGCCCCGAUGUCGCACUAUUUGGGAGCCUUGAACCCCAGUACAUUGGAGAAAUGUCAAGCCCACACACACAUGCAGGCAUGCACACACUCACACCUAUGUUCACAAUCUAAACUCCCCUGGCCAAUUCACAAAAGUCAAUUAUUCAUUAUUCCACAAAUGAAUUAUAUUGCAUAGUAAACUUGUUAGUUAAGUAUUAUGUUAAUGUUGUGUUAGCUCUUAUUUUGUGGAUUAAAGUUUUUAAAAACUGGUCGGGAUAUAUUUUAAUGAUAUUUGGCUAAUCAUAGCAUUAACCACAUUGAAGCCAUCAAUGUAAUUAAUGCUGUGCAGUUAGUUAAAAAGAAAAGGAAAAAAAAAACCCUGUAGAUCAUUUAAUUAUUUUGUUAAUUUUGGUAAUUAUGAAAGUAUAUUUUGGGGAUUUGGAUAUAGUCAAAUUAAUAGAGGACUAAUGAGUGAAAUAUAAGUAGACAAUCUUUCUAUUGAUUUUGUUUGCUUGUUUCACUUUGCUCUGGGUUUUAGAACAGGUUACUCAGAUAUGUGCAUGUUAUCAUUUUAGAUUAGUUGUUACGCUACCGCAAAGAUCUAUUGCUGGCUAAUAUAUGAGUUAAAAAAACAAAACCAGAAAAUCUGUUCAUUAAAAUUCUGUUUCCGCUUCUCAGAAAUAAGCUUUUUUUUUUUUUCUUCAAAUUAAAAAUUGCCAGCUUUUGGUUAAGACCAUACCUAUCAGCAAAUGAAUAUAUGUUUUGAUUUCAUACAGCCUUACAAUUAAUUCCUAGCUUUUGGUUAAGACAGUACCUAUCAGCAAAUGAUACAUGUUUUGAUUUCAUACAUCCUUACAAUUAAUUCAUAGUAGGCACUCAGGUUAAAAUAACUUAUCCUAUGUCGACAUUUAUAAUAAGACAGCAGGAAGCCUUUUUAAACUAAAGAGUGAUUAUAUUUCACAGUAGAGGUAGAAACAAAACUUCAACAUGUGAAUUUGCUAUUUAUUCUUCUCUGAUGUGGACAUAACUGUUAUGUAGUCUUUAACAGAUAGACUGAAGUCUGAGUUUCAUUUUCUCUAAGUCCCAGUAUUGCUAAAAUGUUCCUAGCUCUAAGAAAAGAAAGAUAGAUUUACAUUUGAGUGCUAUUCACUUAUUGAUAAUGACUCCCUUUUUUUGUAAACAGCUCUUUCCUUUGAUUAUGUCAGCAUGUUUCCGAUGUGGCAUUUUGUUUUUGUUUCUGACUCAAAUCAGUUAGGGAGUACAGUCCGUAAGUAGUGAGGGGGCUUUGCUCAGAACCAAAUGUCAUCUUACCCUAAUGUGAAGGAAGACAGUUUGUGUAGGACAAAAGCUAUUUCCAUCCGCGAACUGUAUUUCUUCUGAUACAGAUGUUGAACUGGAUCAUUUUCAUAUCCACCUCCCCAGCACUGGGAAAAAAUCAUCUUCUUUCACAAUAUUUUAACUGGUUUUUAAUCCAAAACUAAUUUAUAAGAUAGUAUGUAUAGUAAUAGUAGCUUGAGUGAAUAAGCAAAAGUUUAAUUUUUAUAUAUGUCACACUAUAUUUUAAAUAGUUAAGAAAAAGGGACAAAAGAUAUGAGCGCCAUCUCUAAUACAGAUGGUAUCAUUUCAGUUCAAGUUGUAAUAAUCUUUGGAGUGCUACAGUUUGGUUGUCAAACGGUUUUGGAAGUGUUUAGCUGAUUUUUUUUUAGUGUCGCAUUGUUUGCCUAAAGUACGCACUAUUAACAUGCUUUAGCUUUGGGAAGGGGGGAGGGGUCUUGCACUUAUUCUUUUAAAUGUUGACUAAUCCAGAAAACCUGAUGCAACCCAACCUGGAAAUCUGCUUUGGUACAUUUGUAGAAUCUGUAGAAAUAUAAUAUCCAGCCUGAAAGGAUUAAUUUUUUAAAAAGAAGCUAACAAGCAUCACCUUGAGUGAUCCUAGAUGGCUGUUGAAUGUGUUCUCAUUCGAUGCUUUGAAAGGAGGCUUAAAAUAAUUUCUCUGGGCAGUAGAGUUUCUUUUUUUGCUUAGGAUGUCAUAAAUACACGUGAACACACUUAGUGCAGGGCUUUUCAUCCUCUCCCAAAUGUCAACAGUAUUUUCAGAAUAAAGACUAUGAAAUAUAUUGCUAUAGUGGAAAAUUCUGGUCCUUUGUCUUUAAUGUCUUUUUGAGUGGAUAAAGAAAAUUCACCCAGUUUGUAGUUUCUAUAUUUCCGUGAAUCUUUUGACCUUGCAAUGGGUUGCAAUAAAAGAGAAACAAAA